UAAAUACAACAGAGGAAGCUACCCAGUGCUAAAUGAAACUUUGCCGCUCAACUUCCUCUUGUGACUCCGUUUACAGAAACAGCGUCAAAACUUUCAGCGUCGGUCUCUCUUAUUCUGCUCACAAAAAUGGACGGCAGCGCUCAAGGUGGUAAAGCUUUUGGUCUCCUAAAGUCUCAUCAGGAGGAAAAACUGAACUCUAUCAAUGAGGCUUUUCUCACAGACCCCCAGUAUGCAGAAGAGGAAGACCUGGCUUCAAAGCUUGAAAUGUUUAAAAACAAAUACAUGGAGUUUGAUCUCAAUGACAAAGGAGAAAUAGAUAUAAUGGGAUUAAAACGAAUGCUGGAGAAACUUGGACUGGCCAAGACUCACCUAGAACUGAAAAAGAUGAUGUCAGAGGUGGUUGGGGGUGCAUCGAAGGACACUAUCAGCUACCAUGACUUCCUGAAUAUGAUGCUGGGGAAAAGAAAUGCGAUUCUAAAGCUGAUCUUGAUGUUUGAAGGGAAGGGAAAGGAGCAAGAGCAGAAAGAAGUUGGACCACCUCGUCGCAAAACCUUUUCAGAUCUGCCCUGAAAAAUCUCUCCAUCCCAGUUGAAAAUGUUGUUUUUCAGAUCCAAAAAUGCUUUGAAAUUUGUGUCGGGAAAAAAUCUAAUUGUAAAAUUUUUAUUUAUGAAGUAACUGGAUCAAUAUAAAAUGUGUGUCGCUUCAGUUUCUAACAGUCAAAUAAUAUCAGACUUUCAUGGGAAUAGCUAUGAUCAUGUGUAACAAAAUAUCCUAAUACCGUAGAACAUCAUCGUGUUUUAUAUGUGUGCCAACAUUCUACCACCUGAGAAUCAACACAUUUAAACACCAGGUACACAAUGAAACAAUAAGAGAUCCUGUUAUUAGAAGUUCGUUGGUAAUUCAUUAAAGGUAAAAGUGAAAGAAUAA